GCGGGCGUAGUGACGUCAGCGGAUUUUGUAAACAAACUUGAGCCGGAAAAAGUCCAAGUGACCCUUGACCCCUGACCCUGAUGUCUGAGUCUCGGGCGGCGCAGGAGGAUCUGGUGUGGAGGUUUGUGGACGCGGCGUCUCGUGGGGACGCGGCUCUGGUCUCGUCACUUUUGUCCAACUCCCCGUCUCUGCUGAACCGGACCGGACCCGACGGAUGGACUGCGCUGAUGCACGCCGCCCGCAACGGAGACCACGGCCUGGCGAGGGCGCUGCUGCUCCGAGGAUGUGAUCGUUCUCCUGUCAACAGAUCGUCUCAAACGGCCUUCGACAUCGCCAAGUUCUGGGGCCACACCCACAUCUGCCGACUGCUGCUGCGUCCGGACCCUGGUCUAGAUCCUGGUCCUGGUCUGGUCUCUGGUCCUGAUUCUGGUCCUGGUCCAGUCUCAGACCUGGACUUGAGGACCGUUGUGUCUCCGGAACAGAGUCGUCAUGAGAUGUUCUUCAGCGCGGAACCUCUGGACCGACUCAGCGCCAAAAGACCGGACCAGGACUGGAUCAGGACCAAACAGAGAGACCCCAGGACGGUCUACCUGCUGUUCCACAGACUGAGCCCCCUGAGCCGCGGGGGGCCGAGGGCGGGGCCGACCCGGUGGCCUCAGGUCGGACUUUGCCGCUUCAGGUUCGAGGAGGUGCAGGACCUGCUGGAGCGCCCGGGGUCAGAGGUCGUGUUCCUGGGCGUGGACCGGACCCGUGACCCCGCUGACCCCGCUGACCCCGCUGAGCCCCGCGCCUGGUUCGCUCUGGGGUCAGAUCUGGACCAGGACCAACUCCUGAAACGAACCAACGACAAAAACUGUUUCUUCCCCAAAAACCCUCACAGAGACCUGCUCCAGCUCCGAGAGGACGAGGCCGGUCUCGUGGCUCAGUCGCGGUCCGUGUUGGCGUGGCACACUCGUUACAGUUUCUGUUCGACGUGUGGGGGGCGGAGUCGAGUGGAGGAGGCGGGGCAUAAGAGGAGCUGCCAGAACCCGACCUGCAUCAGCCACCAGGGCGUCCACAACACCUGCUACCCCCGAGUCGACCCGGUGGUGAUCAUGUUGGUGCUUCAUCCGGACCAGAGUCAGUGUCUCCUGGGCAGAAAGAAAGUGUUUCCCCCCAGAAUGUUCUCCUGCCUCGCCGGAUUCAUCGAACCCGGGGAGUGUGUGGAAGCGGCCGUGCGGAGGGAAGUCCAGGAGGAGUCUGGGGUCUUGGUGGAUCCGGUUUGGUACGUCUGCUCGCAGCCGUGGCCGAUGCCGUCGAGUCUGAUGAUCGGCUGUUUGACCGUCGCCGUGACGACAGAGAUCAACGUGGACCAGGACGAGAUCGAGGAGGCCAAAUGGUUCUCAAGACAAGAGGUGAUUGAUGCUCUGGUUGGUGGAUCUCGAGCUUCGUUCGUGGUUCCUCCGAGACAAACCAUCGCUCACCAACUGCUCCGGCACUGGACCGGCCUCACCUCCAACCUCUGACCUCUGACCUCUGACCUCCAACCUGUGAGACCUGCCAGACCUCGACCACGACACGGGACGUCGCCGCCACAGCAGCUCCUCCCUCUGACCUCCGCCCGUCCGCCUCACAGCGCUCAGCUCCAAAUGAAGCUCAUCGAGGCCGGCGGCGAAUCUGCGACAGGGACCAGAUUUGUAUCAUAGCAACCAAAGAGCCAAUCAGGAGCGAGGCUGUUGAAGGUAACGCCCCCUCCCGCCCACACCGCUGUCAAUCAAACCUGCUUCUCGUCUCUGUUCACGUUUACGUCACAAACACAAAAACGUCUGGAAACACGUGAUGAAACUUUCUUUGGUUCUUUUCCUGUUCGCCGUCUUAAAUCUGACAAAAGACAUGACGCUGAUGUGUGUGCGGCGUCCGGGGGCGGGACAUAAAUAAAACCGGUUUAAACAAAACCAUGUUUAGAAGAACGUGAGAUGAACAAAUAUUAUUUAAGAACCAAACACAGAGAUGAUAUUUGUUUUUGAUGUUGAAUCUGUGACCGUUUCAGAUUGUUUUCAGAUUUUAUAACUUUCUGUUAAAGUUAAAAAAAGAGAAUUAUGCAAAUCACAAAAGCUUUUUUUUUUUUUUCUCUCAUGUUUUGAGUCUGUUCGUCGUCACAAAGCGUCUGAGCCGUGAGGUUUUAGAGUCGGGGAGGUAAACUACUGUCUUUUAAUCUUUUAAUCCAGCUCAUCAAAUGUGUUAUUCAGUGUUUUUAUUACAAAUCUGAUCAUAAUUUUCAGUGUUUUAAAAAUCAUUUCAAUUAACAGUAAAAACUGUGGAACUUGAAAACAAAUAUUUUGUUGUAAUGAUUUUCAGUUCUGGGAUCUUUCACCAACACGGUUCUGAUCUUUUUUUUUUUUCUCUUGUGACGUGAAUCACCAUAAAACUCUGCUCCUGGGCCGGCCAUGCAUGUCUGAGUCAUCUAGUGAUCUCUCCUGGGCCCUAGUCAAACCCUAGUCACAGUUAACAGUACGAGUCUGUAUGAGGCUCCGCCCUCCCACACGACAACUCUCCAUAAAAACACAAAAACAUGACAAACCUGAUGUUUGUGCAGGAGUUUCAUGAGUGCGACACUCUGAAGGAGGAGCCAUUCAGCACAGAGAGCAAAGGGAGGAGAGACUCAGAGAAACUUUUAAAACCUGUGAAUCGGUUGUUUUAGUGAAUAAAAACAUUUUCAAAACAAAAA